AUGGAUGACAGUGAGACAGUCGUAGACUCUAACGGAGCGGCUCAUCAGGAUCUAGGAGUCAAGAUGAAACCACCUCCUGAAGGCCCCGAGCCUGAGGUCAAGAUGAGGAAGUCGGACAAGAAGGCAAUGAAAAACUUUGACAAGCUUCACGAGGAGAUCUCAAAGAGGGAGCGAGACUUAGAGGUCAACGUGGAAGCCACUCGCCAAGAGGUCCAGGCAUGUUUCAGACAUUGCUACCAGAAACUCAAAGAUCGGGAGGACCUCCUUCUGGCGAAGCUUCAUCACGAGCACCGACGGUUGAAACGCUCCAUGCUGGCGCCAAAACGGAUGGCCGUUAACGUCAAUCAUACGUGUCUAAACGGUGGAAUGGGAACAAUAACCGAAUGUGAUUCUGCAGGACCUGAUGGAAAUAAAAACGGCAUUGAUGUGGUAGCCGAGACAGAACACAAUGGAAACAAUACCGGCAGAGCAGACUUUGAGAAGAUGAUCUCAGAAAUAGAUAAAGCACUUGAAUUAGCGAAGACUCCUUUCCACUUCUCUCGCGCCGAUAAAAGCAUUGUACGCCAGUUCGAUACAUUUGUUGAUCGUCUGGGAAUGGUUUACCUCGGCGACGCAGACCCUUCUAGGAGCAUCGUCAAUGCCCACCCAGCUCUUGUUCUCGCCGAGAACACAGCAAAAGUUAAAGGGUUAAAUCAAAAGGGGGAGGAGUGUAAAGGAGGAGGGGCAGAUAUCUGCGCGAGGUUACAGGACCCAGAGGGCACUUUUACGCAAUGCAAGGUAAUAGAUUGUCUCAAUGGAGUUUAUAAAGUCAGCUACGUCCCGGAGAAUGUUGGGAACCACCUACUACAUGUGACCAUGAGUGGGGAUCCGAUUCGGAAUAGUCCAUUAGAGGUUGGGGUGAAACCAGUUCGCCUCGUCCCGAGUAAGGCCAUUAUCGCUGGGAACUGCACUGUGGCUAUGGAGAUGCCGAGGGAAUACCACCUCUCAAACGGAGAUGGUAAGGAUCCAAGAAGAACUCAGAAGCUUUCUCUUCAGAGUCUUAAAAUUUCUAUUUCCGAUCCUGAAGGAAAAGACGUCGAGGGGUUCGUAACUGGAAGUGUUAAACGACGAGGAGUCAUCUGUACGUAUACCUUAAAGUACAUCCCAAAGGUUCCUGGAUUCUAUGAGAUGAAAGUAAGUCGAUUGGGAAAGGACGACAUCCUGCUUGCUCAAACUGUGAUUCCAGUUGGCGAGAAAGAGCAGAUUGGAAGCCGAGGGAAGGGUAAGGGUCAGUUUGAUAAUCCAACGGAUAUAGUUCUGACUUCUGAUGGAGAUCUGUUGGUUGCGGACACUGUUGAGAACGAACGCCUUCAAUGCCUGACCCCAGACGGCCAAUUCAAACAUGAGAUCAAGUUCCUUGGACAAGAACCUAUCCUUCUUGCAGUAAAUCAAACAAACAUCAUCGCCUUGUUACUCAACAAGAAGCGUGUGAGGAUCUUAACUCUCGAAGGCGGACAGGUUGUAGAGUUCGGUCACGAUGGCUUCGUGCAACCGUAUGGAAUCGCCAUCAAUUCUGAAAACAAAGUCUAUGUCAGCGAUCGAGGAGCUCACUGUCUGUUCAUCUUCACCUUGGAAGGGACGCUCUGGCGACAGAUCGGGAAGCAUGGAUCAGGUCCUGGCGAGUUCGACUUCCCAAACUACAUCUUCAUCGAUCCUAGCGACAUGGUCUUCGUCACGGAGGCCAAAAACAACCGCGUCCAGAUCUUUAAGGGAACUGGCGAGUACAUGAAGGAGCUGAGGUCCUCAGACAAGCUCUCUCAACCUGGAGCGGUCGUGGCGACAUGUAGUGGCUACCUCCUCGUCCAUAAUGAGUCUGACAACCGCGUCCAGAUUCUGAACUUAGACACUGGACGUUUCACUGGGCAGGUCCUUGUGGAUCUGAUUGCCCCGUACACUCGAAGGAUUGCUGUUACGAGGACGGGUUUCCUUGUGGCCUUGGACAUGAGUAGUCACUGCUUGUGGAGGUAUCCUAUUCCAUAUGAAUGAUUAAUACCAUGCAAAGACAGGCGUCCAGGUUUCAUAUUUUGCCCUAUGGCCUUUGUAAAAUUUUAAAUGUGAAAACAAUAUUACUCAGCACUAGUAUUGUUCUCACAUUUGGAACAACUACUACAAUGCAUGUGCUAUUACAAAAACUAUAAAUAUUUAAUAUGAAAAAGAAAGUAUUCAGAACUAUGUAAAAAACGAGAGUGGUAAAUUAUCAAUAAAAUAUCUUUAAAUUCUUUAAAUUACGUGCAUUGUUUUUAUCAAACGGUACUUCUGCUGGAAGAAGCUAACAUUUGACCUUGCAUUCAAACUUUUGGUCCAGACUGCCCCACAGUUUUGAAAAAACCUAGGGAGAACCCUGUUACACAAGAUUUCUUCCAAAAAAUUGAAUUUCAGGUUGCACCCAAGGUCAAGACCACGACCCAAUUUUGUAAAUGUUUGACUCCACAAAAUGCCAGACAGUGUUAUUUGUUGAAGUAAAAGGAAAUAUUGCUUGAAAGUUUAUGCUAAGCAAAAACGAGCAAGACACCGGUCACCGGUAACCUUAUUCUGUGAUUUAGCAGAUGAAACUUGGCCAAAUUCAUUGGAGAAGCACGCUGGUAUAAUAUUACUUCCCUGUUACUCAGAUUGCAUACAAAUCUAUUUGUGUAUUUGAAAAUCUAUUUACUGUAUAUAAUCAUACGGUACCGAAAU